GAAGAGGAGGAAGAAGAGAAGGGUGGGGUUAUAAAAGGUUGGGUCGGGGGGGUUGGUCAGGUCAAAAAAUAUCUGGGGAGUUCAAAUCUUCGUUUCCGUCUAUUACCGACUAUGGCAGACUUUGACAUGGUGCUGAAGUGCUGGGGCCCAGUCGAGGCCGACUACAACACCCAUGGAGGUCUGGUUCUGACCCGUUUGUUCAAUGAAAAUCCAGACUCCCAGAAGCUGUUCCCUAAGUUCGCUGGCAUCGCCAAAUGCGACCUCGCGUGCAACGCAGCCAUAUCAGCGCACGGCGCGACCGUGCUGAAGAAGCUGGGUGAUCUGCUGAAGGCUAAGGGUGACCAUGCUGCACUCCUUAAACCCCUGGCCACCACCCAUGCCAAAACGCACAAGAUUGCCCUCAACAACUUCAAGCUUAUCACUGAGGUCAUCGCCAAGGUCAUGGGGGAAAAGGCAGGGCUGGAUGCGGCUGGGCAGGACGCCUUGAGGAGGGUGAUGGCCGUGGUCAUCGCUGACAUCGACGUCACUUACAAAGAGCUGGGCUUCACUGGCUAAACCUUUGACCUCUGCUGUUUCAGUCAUCACGCCACAUACGUAACAUGAA